AUGUCUGAAGGUAGCGUGGUUAUCCCGUCUCCCCCGGACGACCCAAGUUUCGUCACGUCCCCUCCGGACACCUCGUACCCUAUUGUAAACCAUGCAUCUAGUCCGGAAAACUCUUCGGAAAGCGAGGCUGGCUUGUCAGAUGCAGAAGAGGAGCAUACACCACAACAGGAGUCGGCCUCGACUCCCGAAUCGAAUCAUGACGAUGACGAAGAAGUGAGCUCGGACAAUUCGUCAGAUGAUGAUGUAGAAGGUCAAUCGGAAGAUGGAGAUUACGAAAUAGAAACGCCGCUUGAGGAGCCAGUUGAGGACAAUGGGUACGAAAGUACAGUGAAGUCUGCGAAAGAGUCACGGAAGACUACCAAGAUUAGAGUUGCGGAUGAUUACAACGAGAAUCCAGACCUAUAUGGCCUACGCAGAAGUGAACGAGCUCGCCCGACUGCACGACUGACUAUUGAUACCUCUAGUUCAGAGUCAGAUGACUCGGAACCAAAAAGCAGCCGUUCACGUAAAAGGCGGAAGCCUGCCCCCACAAAACCAUCUAAAUCAUCUAAGCUUCCUUCGCCUGUGCAUGAGUACAACUCAACCGAUGAAGAUGAAAGCGAGGAUGAGUACGGAGUCCGCCCUUCCCACAAGUCACGCAAAAAGAGACGACGCGUCGCAGCUACUACCAAUGAUACCCCUCCAGCCGAAGUUCGUUUCUCCACUCGUCGAGCUGGGAGGGUGACGAACUAUAAUGAGGAUGAUGAAGAUGACUUUGAGGAGGAUGCUACCCCGGGAUAUGAGUAUCUGGAGCCAGAGCCAGAUGCUGGUCCUGGGAUAGAUCUUAUUCUAGAUCACAGACCCCGAGAGGGCAUAGAUACCUCAAAACCUCUUUACAAGCGUGCUGAUCUUGAGUUCCAUAUAAAAUGGCAAGGGCUUUCACAUUAUCACGCAACAUGGGAGUUAUAUGAAAACUUAGUCGAUUAUAAAGGAAUAAGGAAAUUAGAUAACUACAUGAGAAAGGUAGUUGAACAAGAUUACUAUAUGCGGAUCAGCUCGAACACAACAAGAGAAGAAAUCGAGGCGAUGGAUCUUGAUCGUGAACGUGAACGUGACGCAAUUGCAGAGUAUGUUAUCGUGGAGAGGGUCAUUGGCCACCAAAAUCAUGGCGAGGGGUUACAGUAUAUGAUAAAGUGGAAACGUCUUUCAUACGAUUGUUGUACAUGGGAGGACGAGGACCUCGUUUCUAAAAUUGCCCAAGAACAAAUCGAUAAAUACUGGGAUCGAACAAAUUCUAUACCCUUAUCAAAAAAGUCCGAAACUGAUACGGGCACUCGCCGGAGUUACCAAAAACUUGAUGCUCAGCCAAACUAUAUCAAGGGCGGCGAACUACGGGACUUUCAAAUGAAGGGCCUCAACUGGUUAGCAUAUAAUUGGACAAAGGGCAAUAACGGUAUACUUGCAGACGAGAUGGGACUGGGGAAAACAGUUCAGACAGUGGCUUUUAUGAGUUGGCUUCGACACGAUCGGGCUCAGCAUGGUCCAUUCUUAGUUGUAGUACCGUUAUCUACUGUCCCUUCUUGGGCCGAAACACUUGAGAACUGGGCGCCGGAUAUGAACUUUAUCGUUUAUACUGGUUCUGGUAAGGCACGAGAAGUAUUGCGCGAAUAUGAGAUGUUUGUCGAUGGGAAUCCCAAGAAGACUAAGUUUAAUUGUAUGGUCACCACUUAUGAGUACAUCCUAAACGACGCCAAUAUUCUGCAGCAGAUCAAAUGGCAAUUUCUUGCAGUUGAUGAAGCUCAUCGACUCAAGAACAAGGACUCUGCCCUCUAUGAUAAGUUGAACGACUUCAAGGCACCAAGUCGUUUACUUAUCACUGGUACUCCCUUGCAGAAUAACCUGAAAGAACUGGGGGCGCUAGUAGACUUUCUCAUGCCUGGGAGGAUUCAAAUCGAUAACGAUGUUGAUCUGCAAUCUGCAGAUGCUGCCCGACAGAUCGAAGCGUUACAAGAAACCUUAAAGCCCUAUAUGCUUCGGCGGGUCAAAAAAUCUGUUGAGAAAUCACUCCCGGGAAAGACAGAAAAGAUCAUUCGUGUCGAACUCUCAGAUAUCCAGACGGAAUAUUAUAAGAAUAUCAUUACCCGGAAUUACGCAGCUUUGAAUGCUGGAGCCACAGGACCGAAACAGUCGUUAUUAAAUAUCGUCAUGGAACUGAAGAAGGCUAGUAAUCACCCGUUUAUGUUCCCAUCCGCAGAGGAUCGAAUACUACAAGGCAGUACCAAACGCGAAGAUGUCCUAAAAGCUUUGAUCAUGAGCAGUGGCAAAAUGGUUCUCCUUGAUCAAUUGCUUACAAAACUCAAAGCGGAUAACCAUCGUGUUUUGAUCUUCAGUCAAAUGGUUCAAAUGCUAGAUAUCUUAGCAGACUAUUUAAAUCUCAAGGGAUAUGCUUAUCAACGUCUUGAUGGUACAAUAGCUGCUGGACCUCGUCGGAUCGCGAUUGAUCAUUUUAAUGCCAGGGAUAGCCCGGAUUUUUGCUUUUUACUCAGUACUCGAGCUGGAGGGCUUGGUAUAAACUUGAUGACAGCAGAUACGGUUGUUCUUUUCGAUUCAGAUUGGAAUCCCCAAGCAGAUUUGCAAGCUAUGGCUCGUGCCCAUCGUAUUGGGCAGAAAUCACAUGUUAUGGUUUACAGGCUAGUAUCUAAAAAUACCAUUGAAGAAGAAGUUCUAGAGCGUGCUCGGAAUAAGAUGAUCCUGGAGCACUUGGUCAUCUCUCUUGGCGUCACCGAUAAAGGUAUUACGGAUAAGGUCAAAAAGAAGGAUAAAUUAGAAUCUGCAGAACUUUCUGCUAUCCUUAAAGCACGUGCUUCCAAAAUGUUUGAAGCCACGGAUAACCAGAAAAAGCUCGAGGAACUGAAAAUCGAUGACAUCUUGCUUAAUGCAGAAGACCAUAUUACCCAAGUGGAGCCUGGUUUAGGCGGAGAAGGAGGCGAUGAUUUCUUGAAGCAGUUUGAAGUUACAGAUUUCAAGGCGGAAGUGUCUUGGGACGAUAUCAUCCCGAAAGAGGAAUUGGACGCGAUCAAGGGUGCGGAAAAGGUUCAAGAGGAGGAGGAGUUUCUCAACGAACAGAUUGAGAUGAGCACAAAACGCAAGCGCAGGGGUAUUGCAAAUGGCGAGCCGGAAGGUCGGUCGGCCAAGCGGCGGGCAAAGGAGCUUUCAGCUGCAAGAAUUGAUUACAGUGAUGAUGAGCCUGACGAAGAUCCUAUGAGGCCUCUAAACGAGCGUGAAAUCAGGAAUCUCUACAGGGCUUAUGGUCGUUACGGCUGCCUUGAUGAGUGCUGGAACGAUAUCAUCAAUGACUCUGGAUUAACUAAUCGCGACCCGGAUGUGAUCAAAUCAACGAUUGCUGACUUAGUCGCGCUAAGUGAGGUCGAAAUCCAAAGGCAUCGGUCAACAUUCGAUGACGGUAUCGGAAAGAAGGAAAAGAAAGCGAUAUUAUUCGAUUACAAAGGCACUAAGAAACUGAACGCCGAGACAAUUGUUCAACGGCCUAAAGAGUUGAAGGAUCUUCGAAAAGCCGUCUCCCUCUGCCCGGACCGGUCGAAAUUCCGCAUUAAUGAUGUCAAGUCGGUGCACAACUGGUCUUGUGAAUGGGGCGCUCGUGAAGAUGCCAUGCUAUGCGUCGGUAUCGCCAAACAUGGUUAUGGUGCCUGGGUUGCGAUUCGUGACGAUCCCGAGCUUGAUAUGCAGGGCAAAUUUUUCCUUGAAGAACAUCGCGUCGAUAAAAAGGAAGAGAGGGGGAGAGCCGAAUCUACUGCUAAAUCGCCUGGCGCAGUCCAUCUUGUUCGGAGGGCUGAUUAUCUGCUCAGUGUUCUAAGGGAGCGUUUUGGAGGUGAUGCGCCUACGAAUCAGUCACAUAGGAGAUCACCGGAUACGAAUUCAAGACACCCAAAACGAAAUGGUGUAUCGGCUGUCGAUCGAAUUAGCAAGAAAGACAGAAUAUCUGCUUCUGCUUCUCCUGCACCGAAUCCUAAACGCUACAAGUACAAAUCAACUGUCAUAGUGACAGAGAAGCAUCGGUCACCAGAGAAACACCGAUCAUCGGAAAAAAAGGAAUCGUCUACCAAGCGACACAGGCUCGAAGAGGCAGGCGACAGAGAAAGGAGGAAAUCGAAAAGCUCACUGCAAGCCUCUCCUAAGAAAGAGGAACAGCAAAAUGGAGAGAUUUCUGAAGAGAAGAGACCGCUCACUGCGGCUGAAUUUGCGGCUAGGAAAAAAACUACGGCCUUUUUGAAAGAAGGACUUCUUGCCGUAGGAAAAUUUAUCAAUACCAUCGAGAAAAAAGGGACAACAGAGUACAGAGACCUCUGGUACAUUGCCUGGCGUUUUUGGCCUCAUCAUGAGAAGCCUUGGGAAUCGCUGGCCGAGUUCUUCGGGAAAUUGGCGCAAAGCACAGAGGGUGCGGCCAGACAGAAUGGCGAUUAA